UUCUCCAUCACACUGGGGGAAGCGUCCGGGUCAAGAGGGACGGUCCUCUCAGAAGACAUGAGAUGUCCCGGAGGUGACAGCUCUGUCUCCUCCUGUCUCUCCAUCGCGGUCGGCGAGCAGGACGCCAGAGACGGCAUGUCACUGUCCAACUGCUGGAGCUGGAAUAGAGCGAGACUGCAGAGAGACGCUCAGAGCUGAGAGCACGCCACACACACCUGCACACACACAAACACACACACCACACACACACUGUUCCACGCAGGACAAUGUGCAACAUCUCGUUCUGUGAGGUGGACAGUAAGGUGGACCAGUUCUUCCAGCCAACGCUCUACAUCAUAGUCAUCGUCCUGGGGCUGCCCACUAACUGCAUGGCUCUGUGGGCGGCCUACAUGCAGGUGCGCCAGCGUAACGAGCUGGGCAUCUACCUGAUCAACCUGUCGGUGGCCGACCUCCUGUACAUCACCACGCUGCCUCUGUGGAUCGACUACUUCCUGCAGCACGACGACUGGAUCCACGGCCAGGAGAGCUGCAAGCUGUUCGGCUUCAUCUUCUACACCAACAUCUACGUCAGCAUCGCCUUCCUCUGCUGCAUCUCGCUGGACCGGUACCUGGCCGUGGCGUACCCCAUGCGCUUCGCCAAGGUCCGACGAAUCAAAACAGCCAUCCUGGUCAGCGCCAUGGUCUGGAUCAUCGAGAUCGUGGCCAACUCGGCUCCUCUCUUCCACGACGAGCUCUUCCAGGACCGCUUCAACCACACCUUCUGCUUUGAGAAGUAUCCCAUGCAGGACUGGGUGGCCGGGAUGAACCUGUACAGGACGUUCCUGGGCUUCCUGGCGCCCUGGACGGCCAUGCUGGUGGCCUACAGAGGGAUCCUCGCUGCCGUGCGCUGCAACGUCUCAACCGAACGCGAGGAGAAGGCCAAGAUCCAGCGCUUGGCUCUGAGUUUGAUCCUGAUCGUGUUGCUCUGCUUCGGACCGUACCACAUCCUCCUGCUGGUGCGGAGCGUCAUGUUCCUGAACGAGCCGUGUGACUGUAGCUCGGAGGAGAGCCUGUUCGCAGCGUACCACGUGUCGCUAGCACUGACCAGCUUGAACUGUGUCGCGGACCCCAUUUUGUACUGUUUCGUCAAUGAGGGCGCACGGCACGACGUGGGCCGAGCCCUGUCAGCGAUGAUCUCUGUGGCCUGCCACAGGGGCUCCUGCUCCUCGCCAUCGCACGGCGACAUGCUGAACGCCGGCUCGGUCACGAUGGAAACGCCACUAGCGGCGAAGAAGCAGCCUUGCGUGUACGCUGACGGGGGCAAGACGAGCAGCUACAAGACAGAGCUGGUGGCUCUGAAGGAGGAGUGUCUACAGAUGACCAUCCUCAGUGUCAGGAAGUGACUCGUACCCGCAGCAGGAAGUAGCGGGUUCAAACUGCGCAGGUCAGUGGGAGGAGGAACAUCCCAUCACGUCUGGUUUCUUCUGGUCUGACAGGUUGGAGUCAGACACACUCGGGGCUGAAGAUCCUCAGAGUCAACGUUUCCACUCAGUGGCGCUGAUGAAGUAAACAGGACGCACAGUCUGGAGCCGGGGAAGCAGCCCCGGCAAAAUGCUUGUGCCAAUAAUGAGGGGAGUUCAUGUGCAGAGCCUCAGUGGGAUAAGUGCUGGAUAAUGAAUACACACCAGAAAACUCGAGAAAAACGAUAAAAAACUGCUUUGUAAUUGUUAAAUCUUUAUGAUAGAGGAGAAAGAAUGUGAAGUUUGGCCUGAAGGUGGCGCCUGAAGACCUGAAGGUUUAUCUCUGAGUGACAGCUCGUCAGGGUCGGUUCUGUGUCGCUGCUUUGGUUUCACACCUCGUUCACACUAAUCCGAAUGUUUACCAAAUCGAAACCUGCUCCUCUGCGUUCGAGCUUCACGUCCACGCAAAACUUCCAGAUCUUUACAAACGUGCCGAUUUCCCAAAAAACUCUGGUUUCUGUGUUUCCGUGUGUCUCAGAAAUGAUGACAUCACAGUUUACUUCACGCACGCUACCACUGUUCACAAGCCAGAGGCCACGACGACAGCGGCGCCAUAUUUAGCAUCACUGCACCACAUUUCAUUCACAUGCGCAUGCCUGCAAUGUUCUUCACUGGUAUUUGACUGAUUGUUGAAGUAGACUUUAUCGCCACCUACUGGCCCGGCAUGCAUGUUGAAGCCGUUUAUGUGUUAGCGUCUCGAUAUAUUUAAUAAAAUGAAAGUCAUGUGGACAGAUACCUUUUUUUCUAAUUUUCUAAAAAAAUAUCCGCAGUAUUGUCGAAAGAGGUGUGAAUUACGUUUCUUGUGCACGGCUGUACUGCCUGCUGAUGUCAUCAUAUCAACAUGCUGUGUCAUCGUAUUAAAAUGCUGUGUCAUCAUAUCAACAUGCUGUGUCAUGGCUGCCCCGCAUUCAGACAUUGGAUUUUGAGAUCAAACACCAGAGUAAUUCCUCGUCUGCUGUUGGCUCAGUAUGAAAAGUCAGGUUCCCACCAAAGUCCUGAGGAUUCAGCCCCAGUGGACCAUGAAUGUCUGAACCCAGUAGAUGUUGAACUGGUUCUGCGUUGGGUCUACAGACCAGUGGACGACCCUGCAGCCAUCAAGCUAAAUAUGAUCACUGUGCCAGGACCCAUUCACGCCCCGGAGGACGUCCUCUGAUAUUUAAGUGGAUUUAUUUAAACAGACGCCCUCUGGAUGGGUGAACAGAGACAGGAGGACACCUUUGGACUCAGACUGUUUGGACGUCCAGCGGGACAAGCUCCGGGUUCGAUGCCUGAAGCCGCCACUUUGGAAGAUACCAGAAGAACAGAGGUGUAAUGAAAGAACAGAUUCCUCUUCCAAUGCUCGUCGGAAAUGUCUUUACUGUUUCGUUGUUGUUUAAAGGAAACAGUGUGAAGUACCUCAGCUCGUAAACUGUGACAGAAUGAAGUUUCUUCUUUAAUGUGAGCCAUGUUGUUUGUUGUUUUUCUUUCUUGUUUUACGACAAAUUAAAACCAAAACCUUUUACGUGAAUUCAGCUCCGUGUCCCGGCUGGUUUUGAACAUUCACCGCAAACGAACCAAACCAUAGUUCACUUUGAUCCAGAUCGGGAACUCCUCCUUUGGUUGGAAUACAUUUGUAUUUUAGUCCAUUCUAAACUAAAAAAAUCUGUAGCUUUGGACCAGAACAAGAUGUAAAAGUGUCCUUAUCCUUCCAUCUUAUUAAAUACUGAUCAGAGGAAUAAAUAUUAAAUAAAGAUGAAACGUUAUAACAUUACAAGAGGCCCUCAUGUGAUCGACAUUACGACAUACUGACUUUCCCUGUGUGCAGUAUUAUUAGUUCCUGGUGAUAGACAAGCCUCCAUGCUGCAGCUCCACCUGCCAACUCUUCCAUCAGAGGGAUGAGAAUGUCUUUAAUGUUGUCUCGGCAUGAAAGCGUUUCUGUGUUCGGUUUUUUUUUGUUUAGUUCUUGGACACUUCCAGCUCGUCAGGUUUUGCCCUAAACGCUGCUCUGUGUGUGUGCCGCUGCUUUCCUUGUGGAAUCUGUGUCUCAGAGAAGAGGCACCAGGCUUCAUCCUGUGCAUCAGUGGAUCGAACGUGUCUGAGAAAUAAAUUAUGCAUCUGAAACUUCA